AAAACCCGCGAAGAAGAGGAAAACGAAAGUAACGUCACAUCAACAGCGAUACCAAAUAAACCUGUUGCUCUCUGGAUUUGAUCCAUGCGAUGUUCCAGAAAACAUUCACAAUGAUAACCAAAUCAAUCACUCGCGGUCAUUAAUGUAUAUUUAAUCCACAAUCCAUCGAUCAGAAAGAGAUUUUGAGAACGACGCGCGCUGACAGACAACAAGAGAAUGAGGAAAAUGAGGAAGUUUAUAAAAAAUACUUACAAUCUCUCUUCUUAGUGGACAAGACUUCAAGAAAGUCCUGCUGAACGAUUGAUUGUUUUCUCAAACCAGUGCUGAUCAGAGGAGCGAGGAAAGGACUCUCUCUCUAAGAUGAGUCUCUCAGAGAAACACAGUGUAAGAUCAGGAUCACAUGUGUCCAGCUCUGUGUCUCUGAAGAGUGAUUGGUCAAAAGAUGGAUUACCACCAGACUUCAGUGGGGAAAAACCAUCAUCUAAUAAAAGUGUAAGAUCAGACUCACAUGUGUCCAGCUCUGUGUCUCUGAAGAGUGAUUGGUCAAAAGAUGGAUUACCACCAAACUUCAGUGGGGAAAAACCAUCAUCUAAUAAAAGGCUUCAAUAUGAGACAUUAGACUCAGACGUUCAGACUCACAGGAACCACAAGAAUUUCAAAAACAAUCUCCUGUGGAUAUUCCAGGAUCUUGAGAGCAAAAUAAUCACAUUUCUGAAGGAAGAGCUGGAAAAGUUUAAGAAAAUAUUACAAAAUGAGAACACACACAACUUUGUGAAGGACUUUAAUGAGAAUAGAUGCAGUAUCAAAGAAGCAGCUCUUGAUCUCACACUACAUUACCUGAGAGAGAUGAAGCAAGAUGAAGCUGCUGAUGCUCUAGAAGAUGAGCUGAUCUUCAUUCAUCAGCUAAAAUGUGGCCUAAAGAAGAAGUAUCAAUAUGUGUUUGAAGGAAUGGCGAAGCAUGGUGACUCCAUACUUCUGAAUAACAUCUACACAGAUCUCUAUAUCACUCAGGGUGGCAGUGAACAGGUCAAUACUGAACAUGAGGUCAGACAGAUUGAAGUUGCUUCCAGGCGUAAUGAAUCUCAAGAGAUUCAGGUUAAAUGCACAAAUUUGUUUGAAACUCCUGAACAAGAUGAGGAGAUCCGAACUGUACUGACAAAAGGAGUCGCUGGCAUCGGAAAAUCAGUCUCUGUGCAAAAGUUUGUUCUGGACUGGGCUGAAGGAAAAGAAAAUCAAGAUAUCAGCUUCAUAUUUCCUCUUCCAUUCAGAGAGAUGAACUUAAAGGAGAAAGAAAAACUAAGUUUGAUGGACCUUAUAACUCAUUUUUUCCCAGAGACAAAAGGACUGAACCUUACAAGAAGAAAUCAAUUCAAAGUCCUGUUCAUCCUUGAUGGAUUGGACGAAUGUCGCCUUCCUCUGAAGUUUGAUUGUAAUGAGACGUGGAGUGAUGUAUCGUCACCAGCCUCUCUGGAUGUUCUCCUAACGAACCUCAUGAAGGGAAAUCUGCUUCCUUCUGCUCACAUCUGGAUCACCACCAGACCAGCAGCUGCCAGUAAGAUUCCUCCUGACUGCAUCGACCGGCUGACAGAGAUACGAGGAUUCAGUGAUGCACAAAAGGAAGAGUACUUCAAAAAAAGAUUCACGGAUCAUAAUCAGGCCAAAACAAUCAUUGAUCAUGUUAAAAAAUCAAAGAGUCUCUUUAUCAUGUGCCACAUCCCAGUCUUCUGCUGGAUUUCAGCCACUGUUCUCCUGAACAUUCUGGAGGAGAAAAGAAAUAAUGAUGUGAAAAACAAUCAGGCUGAUGAGAUCUCUAAAACACUACAGGAAUCAAAUACUGAAGACACUCCCAAGACUCUGACACAAAUGUACACACACUUUCUCCGCUUUCAGAUCCAGCAGAGCCGGCGAAAGUAUGAUGGAGAAUACGCAGCAGAUGUUUCCUGGGAUAAAGACGCCAUCCUUUCACUGGGGAAACUGGCAUUUCAUCAGCUGGAGAGAAACAACGUGAUCUUCUAUGACACAGACCUGGAAGCCUGUGGUAUUGACGUCUAUAAGGCAUCAGUGUACUCAGGCAUGUGUACCCAGAUCUUUAAGGAGGAAACAGGGAUCAUUUUUGGUACCAUGUACUGCUUUGUUCACUUGAGCAUUCAAGAGUUUAUUGCAGCCCUUUAUGCACAUCUGUUUCUAGACAUCGACAAGAAAAGUGUGUUUGAUCAUGAGUCUACAGAACAGGAAAACAAAAAUGAAACCAUGAUUAAUUUUCUCAAGACUGCAGUGGACGAGGCGCUCGAGAGUGACAAUGGACACCUGGACCUUUUCCUUCGCUUCCUCCUCGGUCUGUCAGUGCAGUCCAAUCGACGACUCUUACGGGGUCUGUUGACACGGCAAGACGGCAAUGACCAGAGCAACAAGGAAAUAGUUCAGUACAUCAAGCAGAAAUUAGAAGAUAAUCUGUCUGCAGAGAGAUCCAUCAAUCUGUUCUACUGUCUGAAUGAACUGAACGACCAAACUCUGGUGAAGGAGAUUCAGACCCACCUUAGCAAAGGAAGUCUCUCAUCUGCUGACCUUUCACCUGCCCAGUGGUCUGCUUUGGUCUUUGUGUUGUUGACAUCAGAGGAAGAGCUGGAGGAGUUUGAGCUUCAGAAAUUCAAGAAAUCAGACGAGUGUCUCAGUAGAUUAUUGCCAGUCAUCAAAACCUCCAGAAGAGCUCUGUUAAAUGACUGUAACUUAACAGACAAAAGCUGUUCAGCUCUGGCAAUUCUUGGAGCAGAUACUAAUCUGAAAGAGCUGAACAUGAACAAUAAUAAUCUGCAGGAUUCAGGAGUGAAGCUGCUCUGCACUGGACUGAAGAAUCUAAACUGUAAAUUGGAGAUACUGAGACUCUCUAACUGCAGUGUGACAGAAGAAGGUUAUAAAGCUCUGGCUUCAGCUCUGAGAUCAAACCCUUCACACCUGAUAGAGCUGGAUCUCACAGGAAAUGAUCCUGGACAAUCAGGAGUGAAGGAGCUCAGUGAUUUACUACAGGAUCCAAACUGUCAGCUGAAGACACUGAGGUUUUUGAGUGCUGCUGCAGAUGAAGCCUGUCAGUAUGUGGAGAGAGUUGUGGGUAAAAACCCGUUUCUCCAGAAAGAGCUGAAACUGAGUGAACAUGAACUAGGAGACACACGAGUGAAUCAGAUCGCUGCUCUACUGCAGGAUAAACACUGUCGACUCAACACACUGACUCUGAGUUACUGCAGUAUUACAGAGGAUCAGUGUGUCAUCCUGACUUCAGCUCUGAAAUCAAACCCGUCACACCUGAGAGAGCUGAACCUGAGCGGGAAUGAACUAGGAGACUCUGGAGUGAAAAACCUCAGUGAUCUACUGAUGAACCCACAAUUCAAGCUGGAGAAACUACAUCUGAGUUUCUGCAGGAUUACAGAGAAACAGUGUUUCAUCCUGACUUCAGCUCUGAAAUCAAACCCGUCACACCUGAGAGAGCUGAACCUGAGCUGGAAUGAACUAGGAGACUCUGGAGUGAAAAACCUCAGUGAUCUACUGAUGAACCCACAAUUCAAGCUGGAGAAACUACAACUCUCUAACUGCAGUGUAACAGAAGAAGGUUAUAAAGCUCUGGCUUCAGCUCUGAGAUCAAACCCUUCACACCUGAUAGAGCUGGAUCUCACAGGAAGUGAUCCUGGACAAUCAGGAGUGAAUGAGCUCAGUGAUUUACUACAGGAUCCAAACUGUCAGCUGAAGACACUGAGGUUUUUGAGUGGUGCUGCAGAUGAAGCCUGUCAGUAUGUGGAGAGAGUUGUGGGUAAAAACCCGUUACUCCAGAGAGAGCUGAAUCUGAAUGAACAUAAACUAGGAGACACUGGAGUGAAUCAGAUCGCAGCUCUACUGCAGGAUAAACACUGUCGACUCAACACAUUGACUCUGUAUAGAUGCAGAAUUACAGAGAAACAGUGUGUGAUCCUGACUUCAGCUCUGAAAUCAAACCCGUCACACCUGAGAGAGCUGAACCUGAGCGGGAAUAAUCUAGGAGACUCUGGAGUGAAAAACCUCAGUAAUCUACUGAUGAACCCACAAUUCAAGCUGAAGAAACUACAUAAAAAGAGCAUCAAACUUUGA